AUGACCUCCAAUCAAGCUGCUAUUGCGGCAGUGGAGCCACUGGGCACCAUGACCAAGCUCUCGCCAUUCGUCUUCUUCUAUGAACCUACCAGCGCGAAAAGUUCAACAGGCAACAAUACGCUGGCACCGAAACUGAUCCUGGUGGCUGCUUGGAUGGAUGCGCGUGACGUCCACAUUGCCAAAUACAUCACACGAUACCAGACACUCUACCCGAGCUCGACGAUAUUACUUGUUAAGUUUGUCCUGAAGCAAAUCAUCUGGGAGUCGGAAGCCGUCAAGCUCGUUCAGCCUGCCGUCUCGUAUCUUCAAGCACAGGUCAACUCGGGACACCUGGCAGCAUCGCCUGGGAAGCCCGAGAUGCUCGUUCAUGUUUUCUCAAAUGGAGGCAUAGCCAGCACGAAGCACCUCUUUGAUCUGUACCGCCAGAAUACUGGUCGUGCAUUUCCCCUACACGCGACAGUAUAUGAUUCGUGCCCAGGAUUAUAUGACUUUCGCGGAGCUUAUGAGGCGUCCAUGGCGGGAGUUAAGGGGUUUUGGCGCUGGAUUAUGGCACCAAUUAUAUUCUUGCUUGAUGUGUGCCUAUGGGUGAAUGCAGUCGUCUUACGACGUCCCUACAGUCUACUUGUCAAUGCCGAUUUCCACAAUAAUCCCAAGCAGGUACGACAAACAAAUCGGUCAUAUAUAUUUGGAAAGAAGGACCAAAUGGUAAACUGGAAGCACAUUGAGCUUCAUGCCAAGGAAGCAGAAGCAAACAGGUUCAACGUUCGACUUGAGCUCUUUCCAAACGGCUCCCAUGUCACGCAUGUGAGAGUCAAUGAAACCCGGUACUGGCUCAUUGUGAGAGAGACGUGGGAGAAGGCGAGGAGAAAUUGA